ACGACAGGCCAUUUAUAGUCUAUUAAGUGCUGGUUCCGGUUGCUCUCUUGUUUGUUUUCGCUGAAAUAGUUGGAAGAAAAUGGCUGAUGAAAUCAGAUUCUUUGAACUAAACACAGGAGCUAAGAUCCCCUCCAUUGGCUUCGGCACUUACAAUGUUGCUGGAAACACUCUCGCUACUGCCAUCAAGGCUGGGUAUAGGCACAUUGAUUGCGCUUCUCUCUAUGGUAACGAGAAGGAGGUUGGUUUUGCUUUGAAGGAGUUAUUUGAUAACGGCGUUGUGAAGCGUGAAGACUUAUUUAUCACCUCCAAGCUCUGGGGCACUCAUCACUUACCUGAAGAUGUUCCAGAGGCUUUAAAUAAAACUUUGGAAGAUUUGCUGCUUGACUAUGUCGAUCUCUAUCUGAUACACUGGCCAGUCAGUUUGAAAAAAGGUUCAGUUGGUGUUACUCCUGAAAACUUAACUCAACCCGACAUAUCCAGUACCUGGAGUGCAAUGGAGGCACUAUGCGAUUCUGGUAAGGCUCGGGCUAUCGGUGUUAGUAAUUUCAGUACAAAGAAGCUCGGAGAUCUACUGAAAGUAGCACGCCUAGUUCCUGCUGUCAAUCAAGUGGAACUUCACCCUGUAUGGCAGCAGCUAAAGCUGCAUGAAUAUUGUCGAUCCAAGGGAAUUCACUUGUCUGGAUAUUCACCACUAGGUAGCCAAGGUGGAAAUAAUAGAAGGGUAAAGGUCCAGGAAAACCCGGUUCUCAAGAUGGUUGCAGCGCAAUUGGGGAAAUCUCCGUCACAGGUGGCUCUCCGUUGGGGACUCCAAAUGGGCCAUAGCAUUGUGCCUAAGAGCUAUAACGAGUCAAGGAUGAAGGAAAAUCUCGAUAUUUUUAGCUGGUCUAUCCAUGAAGAUUUGUUUGCCAAGUUUUCUGAAAUAGAGCAGGAGAAGCUAAUUAGAGGCCGUGAAUUUGUACACCCUACUUCUGGUGCAUACAAGACCCUUGAAGAACUCUGGGAUGGUGAAAUCUGAACCGAAAGAUGUUCGAAAUCGAUGUCGACAUGCAAAUAAAUUUCGGUGUUUUUGUCUACCUGGAUGUUACUAAAUCUUGGAUAUUAUAGUGCACAUAUUAUUUA